AGGCUGGGAGGGAGGGGUCCCGGGUAAGGGAGGAGGACAGGGAAGGCAGUGGCCAGGUGUCAGGCCAAUGAGCUGGGGGAGCUCGAGUGGGCUGGGCCAGGUUUACCUGGAAAGGGUGGGAUGGGGCCCCCUUGUGGGAACAGUGCCUCUGGCCUGAACGGGCGGCCUGAUCUUCCAGCAGUAUCUGAGGCCCACAUAGGGGCCAGGGAGGGAUCGAAUUCCUUCUGACCCUCUAGACCCAGCCCCCGAGGCAGCCCCAGGAUCUCCACCUUUGAACUUGGCUGUGAUCGUGCCUGGUUAUCUCUGCUCCUGCACUGGGCAGGCUCCCCAUCUCUGAUCCUUAGUUAGCGGUAGGACUUGCUGUCACCAUUUUAUAGAUGAGGAAACUGAGGCUCAGAGAGGGAAAGUCCCUUCCCUGUGUCCUCACGGCGGUAGGUGGGGGAGCUGGGCUGAGUCCAGACCCCUGUCUGCACACGACCCCCCGCUGCUGAGCACCUGCAGCCCAGCCAUGAGCACCCACCUGGUGCCCAUGCAGGUCAGGCCCAGCUGAACUGGCCCCACAUGAGCCCCGAAACCUUCUGAGGAUGGACAGGACGGAAGGCCUGGUGGGGGUGAGAGGUCAGGUGGCCCCAGCCUGGGCAGCAGCAGCAGCCCACCAAGCAGUCCUUUCCGUGCUGGGCCUGCCCCCAUCCACUGAUAAAGGACGUCACCCCCCAGGCGGCCCCUUCUGCCUGGAGCCCUGCUUCUCCAGGGAGGCGUGGAGCCAGCCACGGGGGCGGGAAUGGGGGAGGCUGGGAACAGAAGUGCUUCCCAGCAGAGGGGCCUUCCUCCGCUUGCUGACUUGGAACAAGGUGGUGGGCAGCAAUCACAGGACCCCGCCCCGGCCCAGGCACCAUGCUGGGCCGUGGCGGGGGCAGCACAUGAUGCUCACCUGCCUCCCUGGUUGCUGGUGGCAGGUGUCAUCACGGUCCACAGGGCCCAGAACUUCUCACUGGAAACUCACUGCACCUCCUCUUCCGGUGACAGAACGUAGACAAAAACUGCUGGAAACCGGAAGGCUGGAGAUUGGAGUCCACCCAGAGGCACCCCACUUCUGGAACAUCAACCACUAAGAACCCCACGGAGCACAGCUGUACCCCGACACACAUGGGGUUGCCACCAGUCAGAUCCGACUUGAUGUCAAUCGUUAGGUGUCGAUGCGGGCUUCCACUAGGUCAGCUGGGGCCUCCAACCCAGGUCUGGGAUGGGAGCUGUGAAGCUAUUUGGAUGGACAGUGAACACUGCCGACGUGGGGGCUGCACCCUUCUCUGCGCUGGGCUAUCCUAUGCAUCAUAGGGGGUUGAGCAGCACCCCUGGCCUUCACCCACUUGAUCCCAGUAGCACCCCCCGUUGUGAUGACCGUCAGUGUCCCUAUAUCACCCAGUGUCCCCUGGGGGCAGGAUCUACCCCUGUUAAGGACCAGUGGUGGGGGCAGUUUUUCUUCUUUUUAACCUUCACUCCCCCGUGCCUUCCACGAGCCCGUGGGCCCAGGCCUGGCAGAGUCCCCAGGAAGCCGGGACCCUCCAGCCUUCGGAGGAGCUGAACUGACUCCCAGGGGAGGAGCCUGUGUCUCACCUUUCUCAGUGGGCGUUCCCUCUUGUUCUGUUAUUCUUGGUUUUUUGGAAAGAUGAGAUUCAUAGAAGAGCUGCUGAAGCAGUUACCUUUUCAGAAGUAUCACCAGGACUGAAGUCACAACUUGUCACAGUGCAGAAGGACCAGGGUUCCUGUCUGAGCUUGAUCCUCCGCAGAAGUGCCCCUUUUCUUUGGAAGCCCCGUCCCAAGUGGUAGAAGUCACCUCAGCUCACCAGUGUCCCCAGGGCCAAAAUCACCCCCAGUUGAGUCCUGGGUUAGGGGAUUCCAGUGACCUCUCAAGACUGUAGCUUUCAAAGCACCUGUAUUUCAGGCUCAGAGUAACGUUCGUCUUAAAAACAUUGGGAAAACAUGGAAAAGUCAAGGAUAUUUAAAACUGCCUCCAGUCCUGCGUCUGUCAGCUGGCUGUGAUUCUUUCCGGACCAAGGAAACACUAGAAGGGGCUUGGCUACGAUCCCUACAACCCUGAGCUGCCCAAGCCGCCUGUGCAGAGAGAGAAUGGCGUCCUGGACGGCGGGGACAAGCCCCGCUCAGACAUGCUGGAGCUGGAGCUGGUCAACCAGGCCAUCGAGGCCGUGCGCACUGAGGUGGAGCUGGAGCAGAGGCGCUACCAGGAGCUCCUGGGCACAGCCCGGGCAGGUGGCGCUGGCGAGGCCUCUGCUCUGGCACCCCGUGGCCCUGCCACCCCCGCUGCCGAUCUGGGUGAUGAGGACGCCUUCCCGCUGUCCUUCAACUACCACCCCAGCAGCCGUGGCCCACUGAGCCCAGAUGCUGGCUACCAGCCCACACCGCUGGCUGCGCCUGCCGAGCCAGGUGGCAAGUACUCGCUGGAGAGGAGCCCGGGCCGGAGUGGCGCCCUGGAGUACGUGCCCAAGGCCGUGGGCCAGCCCCGCAGGCACGGCCGCCCCAUCCCCAACAGCAAGUAUGUCGUGGAUAACUCCAAGCCAUCCACCGAUCUGGAAUACGACCCACUGUCCAACUACUCAGCCCGGCUGCUGAGCAGGGUCAGCUCCAGGGACGAGAGGGCCCCCAAGCGGGCCCGGGGCGUCUCCGGCCGUGAACCCUACACGCCAGCGCCCAAGAAGCACUGUGACCCCUUCAGCGGCUGCGACGCCCGCUUCUCAGACUCGGAAGAUGACGCUGUGGAGGCCUCGAGCAAUGGGCCCACCUCCACCAGCACCCCCCAGACCCCCGUAGGCGCCGAGAGCCAGGCCUCCAGGAAGCUGUCCUGCAAGGAGGGCCUAGAGCCUGAGGAGGGCGGCCCUCGGGAGACCAAGGAGAUGGCCGUACAGUACGACGUCGGUGAUCUCGGGCAGCCUCCCCAGGGCUCCGGCGGGGGGCCCCCCGUCACGCCUGCCGCCCCAGCCCAAGCCGCACAGGAGCGGGGGACCCCCAAGGAAGCGAAAUCCAAGAAGAAGAAACAUGGGGAGCUGCCACCCACCAGCCACAAGGAUGGCAUCCGGAAGAAAGACAAGGGCAGGGACAGGGACCAAGGGAAGCCAGAUGAGAAGAGGGCCCCAAGGGCUGCCAGUCCCCGGCGCCAGGCGGAGCGGCCAGACAGGACCAAGAAGAAGCCAUCCUCGGCCACCACGCUGGCCAGCUCAGGGAAAUCGAGGCCCAACCGGCCCCCGAAGCCCCAGCCGGCCCGCAGGAAGCAGGGCAAGCCCUCCUCGGGGAAGCUGGCCACGCGCAAAGCCCACUCGCUGGACGAGGGCAGCUCCCGGGAUGCCCCCAAGUUGAAGCGGCGUGCCCUGAGCCACGCUGACCUCUUUGGGGAUGAGAGCGCAGACGAGGACACGGGGGCACCGCGGGCCUGGCCCCCCACCCUGCCCAGCCUCAGCUCAGACUCAGACACAGACUCGGACUCCAGCCUGGGCCUGUCAGCAGCAGAGGAGCAGGGCCCGCCCAAACGGCUCAAGGCCUCCCCGCCCCCACCCGCCUCCCCUGCCCCCUCUCCCUCCUCCUCCUCCUCCUCCUCCUCCUCCUCCUCGGGGGAGGAGGUGGACUACGCGGCCCUGGAGAAGGAGGUAGACUUUGACUCAGACCCCAUGGAGGAGUGCCUACGCAUCUUCAACGAGUCCACCAGCGUGAAGACGGAGGACAAGGGCCGGCUGGCUCACCAGCCACCCCAGGAGGAGAAGGAGCAUACAGACCUGACCACGCUGUUCCCUGGGCAGAAGAGAAGGAUCUCCCAUCUUGCCAAGCAGGGGAGGGAGGCAGAGCCCCCAAGGAGAGCCCCACCAGUGACCCCGGCCCGGCCCCUGACUGCCCAGGAGGUGUGCUACCGGCGUGCCCAGCAGGCCCAGAGGGAGUCGGCCAGCUGGCUCCAGGCCCCGCGGCCGGCCGAGAAGCUGUCCUCUGUGCACAUCUCAGCGCCUGGAGAGAAGAGGAGGAUCGCCCACGUACCCAACCCCCGCCUGGCUGCAGCCCCUACAGGUGCCAAGCGGACCCUGGCGGCCAGCAGCAGCAGCCAGCCCUCCCACGGCCCUGAGCCUGGCAGGCAGCCCCUGAAGACACGCACGCUGGCAGGGAUGGCCUCCAAGACCACCUCCACCGCCACCCCCAAGCGGGUUGCCCACAGUCCAUCGCUGCAGAGUUUAAAGAAGCCCAUUAUCCCCAAAGAGUUUGGGGCCAAAGUCCCCACAGCCAUCCGGCAGCGGUACCUUAACCUGUUUAUCGAGGAGUGUCUCAAGUUCUGUGCUUCCAACCAGGAAGCCAUCGAGAAGGCACUGACAGAGGAGAAGGUGGCCUACGACCGUAGCCCCAGCAAGAACAUCUACCUGAAUGUCGCCGUCAACACCCUCAAGAAGCUGCGGGGCCUGGUCCCCAGCACCACACCUGGUCUCAGCAAAACCAGCAGCCGGCGGCUGGUGUCCCACGAGGUGGUUCUGGGUGGCAGGUUGGCCGCCAAGACCAGCUUCUCUCUCAGCCGGCCAAGCAGCCCCCGGGUGGAAGACCUGAAAGGGGCCGCGCUGUACAGCCGUCUCAAGGAGUACCUGCUCACUGAGGAUCAACUCAAGGACAAUGGCUAUCCCUUCCCCCACCCUGAGCGGCCUGGCGGAGCUGUCAUCUUCACAGCUGAGGAGAAGAAGCCCAAGGAUGCCUCCUGCAGGAUCUGCUGUCGCUGCGGGGCCGAGUACCUUGUGUCCUCCUCAGGCCGCUGCGUGCGCGCUGAGGAGUGCUGCUACCACUGGGGGCGGCUCCGGCGGAACCGAGUGGCUGGUGGCUGGGAGACUCAGUACACGUGCUGCUCAGCUGCCGUCGGCUCCGUCGGCUGCCAGGUCGCAAAGCAACACGUGCAGGAUGGCCGGAAGGAAAACCUUGAAGGGUUCGUGAAGACCUUUGAAAAAGAGCAUCCGGAAGACGCUCACCCAGGAGUCUAUGCCCUCGACUGUGAGAUGUCCUACACCACGUAUGGCCUGGAGCUGACACGCGUCACCGUGGUGGACACGGACAUGCGGGUGGUCUACGAUACCUUCGUCAAACCUGACAACGAGAUCGUUGACUACAACACCAGGUUCUCGGGAGUGACCGAGGCUGACCUGGCAGAUACGAGCAUCACGCUGCGGGACGUGCAGGCCGUCCUGCUCAGCAUGCUAAGUGCUGACACCAUCCUCAUUGGGCACAGCCUGGAGAGCGACCUGCUGGCCCUGAAGGUCAUCCACAGCACGGUGGUGGACACGGCCGUGCUCUUCCCGCACCGCCUGGGCCUUCCCUACAAGCGCUCCCUGCGGAACCUCAUGGCCGACUACCUCAGACAGAUCAUCCAGGACAACGCGGACGGGCACAGCUCCAGUGAGGACGCCAGCGCCUGCAUGCACCUGAUGGUCUGGAAGAUCCGAGAAGACGCCAAGACCCAGCGGUGACCCCGCCCGCCCGCC